AUGGAGAGAGGUUACUCUUUGUUGUCAGAAAUCAGUGAUGUGAAAGAUACUUGGCGUAUUAAGGUACAUGUAGGUCGCAUGUGGACACAACCAGGAUGGAAAAAGGAUAUUAAAGAAGGAAGUCUUGAAAUGAUUCUUAUUGAUAAACGGGGUACCAAGAUGCAUGCUACCAUCAAGAAAAACCUGCCCAAGUUGAAGCACAUGUUGCAAGAGUCCCGUUAUUAUCUGAUAACAAACUUCAACGUUGGUGAUUCUACCAGCAAGUUCAUGAUGGUCAAUAAUGAAGCCUGCAUCAACUUCUAUCGCAACACAAGUGUAAGACCUUGCAUCAGCGAUGUUGAUUAUGGUAAUGGUUUGGUGUUCACUUCUUUCGAAGACAUAGCAGCCUUUAGGGUCGUCACUAAGUACCCCAUUGAUAUCAUUGUGGAAAUUGUUGGACGUGGAAAAAUCACCAAAUACACUAAAGAUAACAAGCAAAGCAUGCGUCUGCAUCUACAACUGAUGGAUUUAAGUGGCAUUCUUAUGAAUUGUGCUCUAUGGGGAGAUUACGCCCAUCAAGUUGAUAACUUUUUCAAAGAUCCAAAGAAUGACGGUCGUGUUGUGAUUGUUAUUCAACUUGCGAAGUUGCGCAUCUGGGAUGGUGAACCACAAUUGGAUAACUGUAUGUUUGGUACCCGUAUUUAG